AUCCAUACUACAAAAACUUUAUUUUAUUAUCACAACUUUUAAGUGCGCAGACAUGAGACAUAUUUUAGUUUGAGCUGUUUGCAUCAUUAAAUAGUAUUAGGACUAUGCCCACGGUUUAAAAAGUGUUUCUAUCAGUGUUAUUGUGUUGUUGUGCAUGUGAACCUGCGAGAAACUCAAAAUAGACCAAAAAAGAAGAUCAAAAGAGCAACAGUGAUUUUUUUAUAUUUGACUCAUGCACACAUAUUGGAAUCAACAAUCGACAAUCAUAUCAACAACAAAGGAUUGGGUUAAGAUAGUUAGGAGUUUACUGACACCUUUAGACCUACUGUGCGAUGCGAUAUAGUUUGUGUGAUUAACAUAGUUUGAAACAACUCUCCGCAUUUGGCAGGACCUGAGCACGCAAACUAUCUCUUGACGUGAAGCGUUCUCGCGGCUUAAGAGAGUCUAAAAGUAGUGUCUGAGUUGCAUUCCACCAGGUCUCAAAACGCGUAUCAUAAGAACAGUUGAUUUUUAUGUCCUAUCCUUAAAUAAAAACAUAUAUAAAUUAAAGUGUACUAAAUGUAGUAAAAUAUACUUUAGAGACUGUUUAGCAUCUCCAAAAGAUGCAUCAUAUCCACAAUCUCAUAAUCUGGCAUCUGGAUUGCCUGGAAAAUGGUCUAAAGGUGUAAUUAUCCAUUCUCACAACCAAAACUUCCUUAACGGCAUGUUUAAAAGAUUAAAAGACAGAGGAAAUGUUAUUUUUUGGGAAUGUAUAGCAACGCACCUAGGUAACCCCAAUCAAAGCGUACAUCAUCCCUACUCACAAGCACUUGAUUGGCAAUGGCGACCAAUGUCCAGCUUGAUUCGUCCAUUUGUCAAACUUGAUUCGCUCAAAAUCAAUCCAAAUGAGCCGCAAUCCAUGUUCGGGCUGUAAAAAGCUCGCCGAACAUCUAAAUUUCGAUGCGACAAAGCGUAAAGGCCGAUGUGAACGAACCUCGCACCGCGCAGUGAUGCACAGUGUUUGGGCAGGUAAACAAAGCCCCUCCCCUCGGUGGCGGCGGGCUCCAAGAGCUCAAGCUCACGCGUCGGCGAGCGGCUGCAGCGAAGAGUGAAAGACGAAACGAGUCAAGGUCGCCACUCUUGGAAGAAGGAGGAGGCAAAGGAGAAGGCGGCGGCAGGGGGGACUGACAGUUACGCCAUACUUUCGGGCUUCUCCGGAGGAUCGGAACGGGGAGGGCACGGUACGGGCUGUGCCCCGAAAAGUGUGCGCGCGUCGUUCGUCGCGGCAGCGACUGGGAGAACGUGAACUAGUGAGCCUUGGAGCGUGUAGACCUAGGAGGCUAGGAGCUACGGCGCUGCCCGGCCCGAGCGCUGGAAAUAGAUUGGAAUAGAUCGAUGUCAAAUGAGUGGGGGGAAGCUAGGCUAGGCACACGUUGUGUCCGCCACGAUCGCUUCAAAAACCUAAAAAAUCGUGUUGAAAUCUCAAAACCUCCUCACAGCCACGCCGCAAUACCAUAGGGGCACAGCGGCUCAGCGCUGGUCAAAUCGACACUCAGCCACCGGGCUCGAGAUCGCGGUUUUCGCACCAGCAAACAAUAGUGGCAAACGGUAACCGCCCCGGAUGGAAUGGAGCGCCCUCUGCCUGCGCGGCGGCGACCCGUUCCCCGGAGCGAACGGUGUGGCCUCCAUCCCUUCUCUCGACUGCUGCUGCUGCUGCUGCGACCAACGACCCAUGCGAUGGGGAUGGGUGGGUGGGUGGGUUUUGAGAUCGGGCUCGGGGAGCGACGGAGAGACACCAUCUCAGCUUCGCAGCAGUCCUCUGCGGCGAUCUGCGGUGAUACAUCUCGGCUCGCUCGGCGCUUAGGCAUUAGUUAGUCAUUUCUGUUCGAGCGAUACGCCAAUGCAGCAGUGGCCGCUGCCCGCCGUACGGUCCCGCUACUAGUGACGGAUGUAGGAGGGUUUCCUUUCACACAGCAUCGCAGUUUUUCAGUGUCCUCACCUUUGCGCGCGAGAAUGUUGCUGCCCAGCGUGACGAGCCCCGGGAAGCUGGUGCUGGUUGUGUUCCUGCUAGCGGCCGGUGCGAUCAGUGCCGAUGUUGAGCCCGCCCAAAAGCCGCACUCGCGGCAGCCACGGGGAUUGGGCUUCUUUCACAAGAUCACACACCUCGGCUCGCUGCUCUACCAGCAGUACAACGACACCACCUACACGCUGAAGAACGUGUACGAUCUGCUCAGCAACGAGUUUACCGACACGUUCACCACGACCACGCCGGACCCUCGCACGUCACCGACCACACCGGAUCCGUCCACCAGUACGACACCGAAGUACCGCAUCUCCCGGGCCGAGCUGGGGCGCAUCCUGAACCGCAACUAUCGCGGCUUGCAGAAGCUGUUCCGGCUCGAAUGGAACGACGCAUGGAACCAAACGAAGUACAACAUCGACGACUACAAGCGGGAGCUGAAGAACUCGGCCUUUCCACCGCGCAACAAAACGGCCGGACCGAUCAACGUCAACCUGUCGGUGGAGGUAAAGGCGGACGUCAAGAAGCCGUAGCGGGAUGCAGCCACGUCCCAACAAUGAAUUCAGUGCGCAUUCUACAACUGUGAUAUGAUACAACAACAAAAAAAACAAUCUCGUCCUUUUUACGGAAUGCGUUAAACCCUGUGCUCCAAAAGGGAGCGUCCUGUUUCGGUGGCAGUCGGCAGCUUCCUGCUGCCUCCAGUUUCCCUUUAAAGUAAGGAGAUAAGCUUAGCUAGAACCAGAACCUGAGUAGAGUAGUUUAGGGCUUCCUAGAGGUACACGUUCCGAGGGGCGAGAGGCACCGCAGCGCUUAGACUUGGGAAUCGGAACGUCACAGUCUGUAUGUAUAUAGGUAGGUAACCGUGCAGUACCGUGAGUAAUCGCAGGGAAGGUAGUGCGAUGUUUGUUUUCAUUUUCCAGCUGGUGCUGUAAUAGGCGUAAGUUCAUGGGAAGCCGGGGAAAGAAUAUUAGAUUGUAAUCUGGGUGUAGAUUAAGACAAACACCGUUUUGUGUGCGUGUUUGUGCAGUUGUGUGAGUGGUGGCGCUUGGGCGCCGUAGAAGCAAUCGCGUUCCAAUCGGCUAGACACAGUGGAGUGCGAUGGACGACUCUAUCGCAAUCAUAAUAAUAAUAACAAUAAAAGAAACCCGUAUGACGAA